AUGUCAUCUUCUGAUGAGGACACAUUCCCAGUUGACAAAAAUGAGGCUAUGGAUGCCAUCGAAAAAAUGAUCAACAAGGAAGGCCUCGACAAACUGACAAGCUCUAAAAUUCGAGCCCAUUUGAGUUCGACAUUCAAUCAAAGUUUUGAUAAUUACCGUAAAGAGGUGGAUUCUUUAACGAAGCAGGUAAUCGAAAGGAGAGAAAAGAGAGAAGAAAAAGUAUCAUUGCAGCCGCAGACUAUUGAAGAGAAACCAAGCCCGGUAAAGUCUCAUCCUGCUUCGGACACCGACAGUAAUACUUCCGAUGAAGGUGUGGUUGACGUUGGAAGAGCUUCGGCGAAGAAGAAACGAAACCUCAAAAGAAAGACGAAUGAAGAAGCUGGCGCUGGCGACGUAGAUUUGAUGACUGCAGUGAAACAUCGACGAAGAGCAGCAGCUGACAAAGCGGCACAAAUCUUGAAAAAGACCGCUGACCGCUCCGAUAGGAAGAAAAAGGAUAAAAACGCUCCCAAGGCAGAUAAUUCUGGAAAAUUUGGACGAAUGACAAAGCUGUGUCUGCUGAGUGAGGAGCUACAAAGCAUUGUCGGUGCUCGCUUUAUGAAACGAUGCGAUGUCAUAUCGAAAAUGUGGGAAUACAUCCGGGCGAAUAAUCUUCUUGAUCCUAAAGACAAGCGCUUCUGUCUUGUAAACGAUCAGCUGAGAGGCGUAUUUGGGCCUUGUAAGCGCUUCAAGGCCUUCGCUAUGUCAAAACCGCUUGCCAAACACAUCAAGGAUCCUGCUAUACUGGGUGGUGAGAUAGAGCAGGAAGCACUCGCAGAAGAAGCACGCCUAACGGCAGAAUGGAAGGCACGACAGGCUUCGGCUGAUAGCGGAAGUGGCGAGGUAUCUAGAAGCACUGCUUCUCCACAAAAUAAUCAAAACGCAGCAUCGGACGAUUCAGAUGUGUCUGAUUAG